GCCCGCGGUCCGCCAUCUUCCCGGCCUGCCCCGCGCCGGCCCCAGGCUCCAGCCUCUAGGCCCAGCGUCGCGGAGCGGAGCGGCCUGGUCCGGCCCGGGCCCGGUCUGGCCGCCCCCCUCCCCCCGGCGGCGCCAUGUACAAUGGCAUAGGGCUGCCCACGCCCCGGGGCAGCGGCACCAACGGCUACGUCCAGCGCAACCUGUCGGCCGUGCGGCACCGGCGGGAGCGGGCUGAGGACGAGGGCGCCCGGGCCGAGCCCGCCUUGCUGAAGCGGCCCAACCAGGACAUCCUGGACCAUGAGCGCAAGCGCAAGGUGGAGCUGAAGUGCCUCGAGCUGGCUGAGCUCAUGGAGGAGCAGGGGUACACGGAGGGGGAGAUCCAGGAGAAGGUGGCCACCUUCCGCCUCAUGUUGCUGGAGAAGGACAUUGGGGGCAAGGACAUCGACACCCCUGAGGGGCGCCCCACGGUGACGGAGACCCACCAGCUAGCCGAGGCAACGGAGCGUAAGAACGAGCGACUCCGCGCCGCCUUCGGCAUCAGCGACUCCUACGUGGACGGCAGCUCCUUUGACCCCCAGCGCCGGGCACGCCCUGCUCCCCGUCCGCCUGACCCCGUCCCGCCCCACAGCCUGGUGCGAGAGUCCAGCAGCUCCCGGUCUCCGUCCCCCAAGCAAAAGAAGAAGAAAAAGAAGAAAGACAGAGGGAGGUCAGAGAGCCGGUCACCCUCACGCCGAGAGAGGAAGAAAAGCUCCAAGAAGAAGAAACACCGAUCAGAAUCAGAGUCGAAGAAGAGGAAACACCGGUCCCCAAGCCCCAAGAGCAAGCGCAAGUCCAAGGAGAAGAAGAGGAAGAGGUCCACCAGCGAAUCACAGAAGGGCCGGCGGGAACGCUCAUCUUCACCCGACUCCUCCGACUCCUCGGAUACCUCCCGCAGCAGGUCCCGAAGCACCACGGCCCAGAAACGGGGGGCCCCAGCCCGGCGGAGUGAGACGCCCCCGGCCCCCUCACGGCGCCGGGGAGAGACCGAGGGCACCUCCAAGCCCCCUGCUGAGAGGGAGCGGUCGACCACCCCUGAGCCGGCCCGGAGGGGCCGCAGCACCAGCCCCCGGGACAAGCGAGAGAAGCCACUACCCAAGCGCAGCCCAGAACGCGACUCCCGCCACCGUUCACCCUCCCCUCCCCACACCACCCCCUUCCCCAAGGCCCGUGACCAGGACCGCCCCACCUCCCCCUCCCGGCCCAGCUCCCCCUCCCCUGCCCGCCACCGGUCCAAAUCCCCCCGCUCAGCCUCCCCGGCCCCCCAGGCUUCACCGCCACGGCCCCGGCCUCGCUCCCUCUCCCCGGCUCUCCCCGUGGCCAAGGCCUCCGACUCCGAGGCGUCCUCCCCGGAGCCCCCAAAGAAAUCCCUCCCCCUCCCCCAGCGCCGGGACCCGUCCAGCUCCCCUGAGGACCAGCGCCCGGCCAAACCGGUGCCUGCCAAGUCCUCAGCAGCCCGCCGCGACCGCUCGCCCACGCCCUCUAAAACCUCCAAGUCGCGAGGGACUUCCAAGAGGGAUGGGUCGCGCUCCCGAACCCCUGUGACCCGCCGCGGGCGUUCCCGCUCCUCCCGCACCCCCCAGCGCCGUGCCCGCUCCCGCACCCCCCAGCGCCGUGCCCGCUCCCGCACCCCCCAGCGGCGUGGCGGGGGCAGGUCCCGGUCCCGGACACCGCGGCGUGGGCGUUCCAGCCGCUCCCGGACCCCCCAGCGCUGGGGGAAGUCAAGGUCACGCACGCCACCGCGCUGGGGCCGGUCUCGGAGCCCCCAGCGGCGGGGCUUGUCCCGCAGCCGCAAUGCUGGGAGGUGGGCGCGGUCGCGCAGCCCGGCCCGCCGCCGGUCCCGCUCCAGGAGCCCAGCUCGCCGCGGCCGCUCCCGUUCCAGGACUCCGCCCCGGAGAGCUCGGUCCAGGUCCCGGACUCCACCCCGGAGAGCUCGGUCCAGGUCCCGGACCCCAGCCCGGCGCGGUAGAUCGAGAUCCCGGACCCCACCGCGGAGAGCUCGAUCUAGAUCCCGGACGCCGGCACGACGUGGGAGGUCAGUGUCAUCUCCCCGCCGUGAGCGCUCGCAGGUCUCCCCUCGCCGCAGCCGGUCAGCAUCUUCAGGGGAUCGCCAGCGGCGGAGACACACCCGUGGCGCCACUCGCCGCAGCCGCUCCGAGUCGUCGCCAGACCUGAAGGCCCCCAAGAAGAAGGCGCGGGUCUCGGCCCGCCGCAGCCGUUCGGCCUCCCGGCGCCGGUCCCGGAGCCGCCGCUCGGCUUCAUCCCCGCCAGCCCCCAAGUCACGCACGCCCCCAGCUCGCCGGCGCCGCCGCCGCUCGUCCAGCUCCACACCGGCCCCCAAGAGGCGGUCACGCACCCCAGCCAGGCACCGCCGUCGCAGCCGGUCCCGCUCCAGCCCUGAAGCCCUGAGGAAGUCACGGACACCACCCCCACGGCGCAGGAGGAGCCGCUCUGCCUCGUCCCCUCCACCAGCUACCAGGAGGAAGUCAAGGUCACCACCACGUCGGAGCCGGUCAAAGGAGAAGGGGCAUGUGGCUGCUCGCCGCAGUCGGUCCACCUCCUCCCCAGAGCUACGGCAGCAAUCUAGAGCCAAGGCCUCGCCGGAGCCCAGGAAGGCGUCUAAGUCCCCAGCUGCCAGGGGCAGAUCCCGGGGAUCUGUGGAGCCCAGGAAGACGUCCAGAUCCCCACCAACAAGGGGCAGAUCUCGGGGAUCUCCAGAGCUCAGGAAAGCUUCAAAGUCUCCGCCUGCCCGGGGUAGGUCAGGGGGGUCUCCAGAGCCUAAGGCCACUUCAAGGUCCCCACCCUCCCGGGGCCAUGCAGAUCUGAAGACCUCUAGAUCCCCACUGGUGCGAGCUCGAUCCAGGGGAUCUCCGGAGCUGAAGAAGCCUUCUCAAUCCCCACCAGCUUGGGGCUGGCCCCGGAGCUCUCCAGAGCCGAAGAAGGCCUCGCCAGUGAGGGGGAGAUCCCAGGUUUCUCUGGAGACGAAGACUAUCUCUAGAUCUCCCCCUACCAGGGGCCGGGUCAGAGGCUCUCCAGAGCUGCCGGCCAUCUCUAGAUCUCCGCCCACAAGAGUCCGAGCGGGUCCCUCUCCAGAUCCAAAGAAGGUUUCUCGGUUCUCUCCGGAGCUGAAGGCAACAUCCAGAUCGCCCCCAAAGGCCCGGCUUGGGGUCUCUCCAGAGCCCAGGAAGGCCUCAAGGGGGUCUCCGGACCUGAAGAAGAUGUCUAGGUCUCCACCGGCACGGGGGAGAUCUCGGUCACCCAGCCAGGCCCGUUCAGGCUCCUCCCCAGAGCUGAGGAUGUCCAGAUCCCCACCUGGGAGGGCACUUUCGCCUGUCAGAGGCCACUGUGGACUCUCUCCAGAGCCCAAGACAACAUCCAAGUCUCCGCCUCCACGGAGCAGGGCAGCAGCCUCUCCAGAGCCCAAGAAGACUUCCCGGUUAUCACCCUCCCGGGGCCGAGCCAGACUAUCUCCAAUCACAAAAGAGAAGUCCAGGUCACCGCCGUCCAGGGGCCGGGCUGGGUCAUCCCCAUUAACGAGUGACAAGUCCAGGUCACCGUCAUCCAGGUCCCGGGCCAGAUCAUCCCCAGUAAUGAAGGACAAGCCCAAGUCACCCUCCGCAAGGAGCCGAGUGGGAUUGUCCCCGGCAGCUAAGGACAAGUCGAGAUCUCCACCCAUCAGGGGCCAGUCAGGUGCCUCUCCAGAGCCCAAGAAGACUUCUAGGUCCCCACCGUUGAAGGCCUGGGCUGCAGCCUCUCCAGAGGCGAGGAAGGCGUCUCGGUCCCCGACUAUCAGGGCCCAAUCCAGGGCCUCACCAGAGCUGAAAAAGACAUCCAGGGGCCGGUCGCGGUCACCUCCAGAGCUCAAGAAAACAUCAAGAUCCCCGCCCGGCCGAGCUCGAUUGGGGGCAUCCCCAGAGGUGCCAGGCAGAUCCCCACCUGCCCGGAGCCGCCAGGGGGCUUCUCCGGAGCUGAAGAAAGUCUCAAGGUCCCCAACAGCAUGGGACCGGGGCCGGACAUCUACAGAAGUGAAGACUACAAGCAGAUCCCCACCCGCCAGGGGUGGCGAAGGUGUCUCUCCAGAGCUGAAGAAAGGGUUGAAGUCUCCAGCAGCACGGGGCUGGGCUGGGACCUCUCCAGACCCCAAGGUGACAUCGAGAUCUCCACCCACCAGGGGUUGGGCCAGGUCAUCUCCAGAACUGAAGAAGGGUUCGAGGUCUCCAGCGCGGAGCCGAGCCGAGUCAUCUCCAGAGCUGAAGAAGGGUUCGAGGUCUCCAGCACGGAGCCGAGCCGGGUCGUCUCCAGAGCUGAAGAAGGGUUCGAGGUCUCCAGCGCGGAGCCGAGCCGGGUCGUCUCCAGAGCUGAAGAAGGGUUCAAGGUCUCCAGCGCGGAGCCGAGCCGGGUCGUCUCCAGAGCUGAAGAAGGGUUCAAGGUCUCCAGUGCGGAGCCGAGCUGGGUCGUCUCCAGAGCUCAAGAAGGGAUCGCGGUCUCCGGCACGAAGCCGGGCUGGGUCAUCUCCAGACCUGAAGAAGGGAUCAAGGUCUCCGGCGCGAAGCCGGGCUGGGUUGUCUCCAGAUCUGAAGGACAAAUCCAGGUCACCGCCCUCCAGGGGCCAGGCUGGGUCAUCCCCAGUUCGGAGCCGGGCUGGGUCAUCUCCAGAGCUCAAAAAGGGCUCUAGGUCUCCAGUAGUGCGAAGCCGGGCUGGGUCAUCUCCAGAACCCAAGAUAAAGUCAAGAUCACCGGCACGGGGCCAGGCCAGGUCAUCACCAGAGCUGAAGAAGGGUUCCAGGUCCCCGGCUGGACGGGGCCGGGGUGGGUCAUCUCCAGAAUCCAAGAUGGCCUCCAGAUCGCCACCAGCACGGGGCCGGACCGGGUCUUCUCCAGAGCUGAAAAAGGGGUCUAGGUCACCAGCGGUGCGGAGCCGCGCCGGGGCCUCUCCCGAGUUGAAGAUGAGGUCGCGGUCUCCACCUCCAAGAGGCCGAGGGGGGUCACCUUCAGAGCCCAAGAUGAGACCGAGCUCUCCACCACCGCGGGGCCGAGCCGGGUCCUCUCCGGAGCCCAAGACGGCCUCCAGGUCCCCACCCACCCGGGGUAGAUUCAGAGCUUCUCCAGAACUAAAGAAGCUCCCCAGCUCCCCACCCUCCAGGGGCAAGGCCAUGGGGUCUCCGGAGCCCAGGAAGGCAUCUCGCUCGCCCCCCGCCCGGGGCAGGUCAGGGGUCUCUCCAGAAGCCAAGAUGUCAUCCAGAUCUCCGCCUGUGAGAGGCCGGGGCGGGUCCCCCCCAGAGCCCAAGAUGGCCUCCAGGUCCCGCCCCUCGCCUUCGCCUCCUCGCCUCAGCCGUGCCAGCUCAGGGGCCCCUGCCACGCCCCGAGGCCCCCUGAGGAGGAGGGGGGCAGCCAGCCCACCAUCGUCCCCGGAGAGCCCCCGGGCCUGUCGGGGCAAAAGAGAGGCGUCGGCCAGCCCGGUGCGACCCCGCUCUCGGUCCCCACCGAAGCUGGACGUGUCCCGAGCCCCCCAGGCAGUGGUUCCAGCUCCUCCAGCCACCACCCGGCCCCGGAGCAGCGCCGCCCGGGCCUCCCGGUCCCCCCCCAUCCUGGAGCGCUGCCCCCCUGCCCCCGGCCCUCAAGGUGAUGCCCCCGGCCUGGCAGAGAAGCCCCGGUCCUCCUCAUCCUCUUCCUCCUCAUCAUCCUCAUCCUCCUCCUCCUCCUCGUCCUCGUCUUCCUCCUCCCGCCAGGGGGCCAAGGCAGAGCCCGAGGCCCUGCCCCUGGGCCCAGCCCCACCCCCUGGGCCCUCUGGCUCCUCUUCCUCUUCCUCCUCCUCCUCAUCUUCAUCAUCAUCCUCCUCGUCGUCCUCAUCCUCUUCGGAUUCAGACUCGGACUCCAGCUCCAGCUCGGCCCCGGGCAGCCCGGCCGGACCCCCGGCCCCCAUCGCCCAUGCACAGCCGCCCAGCCCCACGCUGAAGGAGCCCGGACGUGAGGGGCGCCCCCCAGAGGUGGCCAAGCGGAAGCGGCACUCCAGCAGCUCCAGCAGCACCUCAUCGUCAUCCUCGUCUUCGUCCUCAUCCUCCUCGUCCUCUUCCUCCUCCUCCUCGUCUUCGUCCUCGUCUUCGUCCUCAUCCUCCUCGGAGCCCUCCCCCAAGGCUGGCACCCAGCCCCCGCCCAAGCCAACCCCUAAGAAAAAGGCCUCACCUGAGCAGAGGAGGUCCCGCAGCCCCCGGAAGCCGAUAGAUUCCCUGCGCGACUCGCGCUCCCUCAGUUACUCGCCCGUUGAGCGCCGCCGCGGCCCUUCCCCUGCCUCGCCCAUCGCCCACGACCGCCACAGCGACAGGUCUGCUCAUCGGAGCCGCUCGCCCGGGCACAAGCGCCGGAGAGACAGCGCCAGCCCCCGGCGGCGGGACUCACGGUCCCCCUAGAUCCACCCUCCCCCCAACACACACACACCAACCCCCAAAACCCCCCGGUUUUGGUUCAUUCCGGGCAGAAAAUGGCUUAUUUUUUGGGGGGGGUCGUCGGCAGUGACAACAUGGCUCCCGCCUCCUCUUCCUUUUGGGUCCUGAAUACGUUUGGGGGUUUUUUUUGGUUUUUUUCCUUUUUUCUGUGAAUUUUACAGAUAAAAAAAGACAAAAAAAACAAAAAAUGAAGGGAAAAAAAACAACCUGCCUCCCUC